CCCAGAUCUGCACACGGGACACAGAAAUCAGACCGAGAACCGGACUCAACAUUCUCCAGACUCAGGAACAAACUAAACCAGUCUGAGGAACCGGAACCAACAUUCUCCAGACUCAGGAACAAACUAAACCAGUCUGAGGAACCGGAACCAACAUUCUCCAGACUCGGGAACAAACUAAACCAGUCUGAGGAACCGGAACCAACAUUCUCCAGACUCGGGAACAAACUAAACCAGUCUGAGGAACCGGAACCAACAUUCUCCAGACUCAGGAACAAACUAAACCAAGUCUGAGGAACCGGAACCAACAUUCUCCAGACUCGGCAACAAACAAAAAGAGUCUGAGAAACAGAAACAGAUCAAAGCACCUCAUCAUUGUAUUCACACUGUGAAGUGGUUUCCAUUGAAGCUUUCUCAGUUAAACUGUUGACUGCUCCUUAGAAGCCACAAACAGAAACUCCUGAUCCACCUGCUGACAGCCUCUGGGAUCUAUCAUGUCGUCUCUGCUUGUCUUGCUCUUGGCUCUUGUCCUCUCGAUUGCAGCGGAUGCCUCCCCCGCUGUCUCUGGAGCCUUGCACUUUGAUGCAGGACCUCAGCUUCAGGAAAGGGCAUGUCCAUCAUGCUCUAUAAGGAGGAACCUGCCGGCAGCAGGAGAGGUGGACCUGGUGGAGGCAGUAAAGCACCACAUCCUCAACAUGCUUCACCUGAAUUCACGACCCAACUUGACGCACCCCGUUCCUCGUGCUGCGCUGCUCAAUGCCAUUGAGAAGCUGCAUGUGGGACAUGUGGCAGAAGACGGCAGCGUGGAAAUCCAGAAUGAUGAGCAUACCACGAGCAGUCCAAAGCCAGCAGAACAAACUUCUGAAAUCAUCACCUUUGCAGAACCAGGAGACUCUCCAAACACGAUCACCUUUCACAUGUCAGUGGAGGGAAGUGGCUCCACACUGGUAAAAGCCGACGUCUGGAUCUUCCUCAAACUGCAGAAUGGAAACCAGGGCAAAGGCAAGGUGACACUUCAGCUCUAUCCAACUGCUGCAUCUGGCAAACAGGAGGGGGAAGCGGUUUCGGAGAAACUGGUGGAUACUCGCCGCAGUGGCUGGCAUGCUCUCGCUGUGCCCAACAGUGUCCAGGCUCUGCUGGCCCGCGGUGAGACUUACCUCAGCCUGCGGGUGUCAUGCCUGCUGUGUGCGAAGGCUGGAGCCACACCCAUCCUGGCAUCGGCCGGUGGCAAAGAGCGCCAACUGUCCCACCGGCCCUUCCUCAUGGUGGGGUUCCAAGCUUGGGAAGAGGUGGCCCAGAGGCGGAUCAAGCGUGGUUUGGAGUGUGAUGGGAAAAUCCAGGUCUGCUGCAAGCGACAAUUUUAUGUCAACUUUAAAGACAUUGGCUGGAAUGACUGGAUCAUUGCCCCACCUGGUUACCAUGCCAACUACUGUGAAGGUAACUGCCCCUACAACAUGGCAGGCGUGGCAGUGUCGUCGCUGUCCUUCCAUUCUUCUGUCAUCAGUCACUAUCGCAUGCGGGGCUACAGUCCAUUCCAGAACAGCAGGUCAUGUUGUGUGCCGACACGGCUGCGUGCCAUGUCGAUGCUCUAUUACAACGAAGAGCAAAAGAUAAUCAAGAAAGACAUCCAGGACAUGGUCGUGGACGAGUGUGGCUGCUCAUAGACACCGGCAUGAGCAAAAAUACUUCCAAAAUGCUCUCCACGAGAUCAGCAACGCAGCACUUUUCCGUGACGAAAGAGCUCUUAUUUAUGUUCAGACAUAACGCUUCAUAUUCUUGACCUUGGAACACUAUGCAAUGCUGUUCACACUUCAUUUGUACAUCUUUUAAAUUAUUUCAAGAGUUGUGUUUUGUUUUAAUGGUGUUUGGAUGAAUUCUUUAGCCAACAUUCAAAAACAUAAGACUUUGUGAUUAUAAUACUUAGAAGA